AUGUCCUCAAUCUUCCUUCCGACGACCUCACCCCGCGACCGUCCAAAACAGAAGACCGCAGCACCACGACACAAUCUCAAAGGCUUAGCAAGAGAAGUCCAGAAUCUAGGCGGCGACAAUCCCAUUGCAAUCGUCCCAGAGGUUUCUCUCUACAAGAAACGUCGAUUCGCUAAUCGCAAACCGGCCGCGAAAUGGGAGCUCAAACAGUUUAGGAACUCUGCGCGCUCUGAUCAAGGCCUCAUCCUGCGUCAUUGGAAACGAAAAACAGAACCGGGCCAGCCUGGUGACCCUGCCGAUGGCGAGUCUACAGAGGGAGCGAACGAGAAUGCAGAGGAGGGUAAGAGAAACGAGGAGGCGGUCGAGGACUCGGCAUUCGCAAAGUUCAACGUCAAGGUGCAGAUACCUGAAUACAACGAAGAGCAAUACAGUGCGAAGCUGCAAAGCGAAGACUGGACAAAGGAGGAGACCACAUAUUUGAUGGAGUUGGUGAAAGCUUACGACUUGCGCUGGCCGGUUAUAUGGGACAGAUACGACUUCAGCCCAAAAGUGCCCGAGGGUACGGACACGAAUGGAUCAGAUUCAGCUGUAGUACCCGUGGUCAAGCCUAGGGACAUGGAGGAUCUCAAGGCACGGUACUACGAGGUCGCAGCCAAGAUGAUGGAGUUGCAGAAGGCAAUCCAGUACAUGACCCAACCUGAAUGGGACCUGCAUCAAACCAUGGUCAACUUCAAACCGGAGCAGGAGAGGGAGCGAAAGAAGUUUGCGUUGAACUCCAUGUCUCGGUCCAAGGAGGAAGCCAAGGAGGAGGAAUCGCUGCUCAUCGAGGUCAAGCGCAUAAUGGCACGUCAGGAGAGGUUCAACGAGGAGCGCAAGGAGCUCUACCAGAGGCUUGAAUACCCACACUCCGACCAAGACAUCAAUGCUUUCAAGGGCAGUGCAGGUCUUACGAAUCUCCUGGGUACGCUGCAAAACAUGAGCCAGGCCAAGAAGCGCAAGCCUAUAACCGGACCGGAGGGCACAAGCCCCGCUGUCCCUGCUCCUCCCAACGGUCAGCCUGCUAGUGCGACAUCUGAAGCGCCUCCGAGUCGGCGUGAGAGCACUGCCGCGCCUUCAGCUGGAGUUCGCGAGUCCAUCGGCGCCGAGAAGCCUACACCAGCGGGUAACAAGAAGGGCCAACCACCGCCAGAGCGGCGCAAGCUCAAUGAGCAGGAGGAACAGAUCUACGGUGUCUCAACGCAUGAACGUCUAGGGUCAGGCCCGACCUUUAGGUAUGAGCGGGUCAACAAGAUAUUCUCGCACAAGAGCGGCCAACAGCAGCAACGGAUACAGAAUGUUCUUACCGAACUCGACAUACCCGUGCGUCUCAACAUGCCGACUGCAGCCGUGGUGGCGGAGUACGAGAAGCUGGUACUUGCAGUGACAGGCCUGGUGGAUCUGAGGAAGAUGCGAGACAAGUUGGACGGCGAAAUCAAAAUCGAAGAAGCCAAAAAGGCCGAACGGGCCAAGGCCCGGGUUGUACUUGGCCUCGAUGGCGCCAACGAAGAUCCUAAUCAAGACAAGAAGGCCGACGAAGGCCCCGCCGAGACCAAGCCGGAAGCCGCAUCCGAGGACAAGCCUCCCAAGACCAACGGAGAACCAGCCAGCACAUCGACUGAUACCGGCGCUGACGCACAACAGACAGCAGAUGCGCCCGUUGCAAAUGGCGUCGGUGCCGCCGCAGCUGGUAAUGAUGCUAGUACUCCUGUCGUCAAGGAAGAGGAAGGCGGCAGACCAGGCAGCAGCGGCGGUGGCGCUUCUGGGAACAAGCGCAGCGCGAGUGUUCUCAGCACGACGUCCGACAAGAGCGCCAAGAGACAGAGGAAGUGA